AUGGCAGCAGAGACCGCGAGCGUUCCCAUGGCAGUCAAUAAUUCUACAGCAGUCGAGGAAAAGAUUGCACAGUGCUUGAAAAUGCUUUCAGGUACAACUGAUGAGCAUAAGAUUGCCGGUCUACUUAUGAUUACGAAGCUUGGUGACUUGCCUGCCGAGCAAUAUUUGCAGGUUCGGCGAGAGGUGCUUACGACCGUUGGUGUGAGCUUCUUUAUGCGUCUUUUGCACAAAAAAGGUCCCGACGAUGUUGAGACGCUCUCGUCCUUCCAGAGCCUCGGACUGAAUUUAAUAGCAAGCUUCUGCGUGGACCCAAUUGUGGCUACGAAAUUCGCACAGGAGAAGCUAGUGAGAUUUCUGUUGGAGCAGUUGGUAUUGCAGUCGACUCCAUAUGAAUCCUUUAUGGACUGCAUUUGUAUCCUCUCAGGCUUUAGUCAAACGGAAAAAGGCCAGCAGGUCAUGAUCCAUGGAAGCGUUCUUGGACGCUUUUUUAGCACAAUGAAGAAGCUAAGCCGAUCGCGCUCAAAUCGAGACCUCGCUGCAGAAUGCAAGUCGGCAGAGCAAGAAGAGCAACUAGAUGCGCUUUUGGGGAAUCUUUGGGGUAUAGUCGGUGAGAUGGCUAGUAAGCCAGAGCUUUGGACACGUAUUCACAGCUAUGACUUUGAGUUCAUUUGCUCCAACUUUUCUCGCGUGCGGGGUAAUAUUGCAGUCCAAGUCCUGUCCAUUUUGAACAGCUAUAUGAGGCUAAUUGAGAUUGGCGGAGCACCAGCGGAACUUUUAAGCUCUCAGUGCCUUUCUGAUAUUCGGACAGGUGUGCUGCGAUUUCUUCGCGCAAAGUGGCCCCACCAGGAGCGAGAUGAGUGUUUGCGACUGAUCUUUCAGCUAAUGCAGCACUCAGGUACAGCAUGGAUGCUGCCGGGUACUACACUUCGCAGCCAAGCUCCACCCGAGGAAGUGUCUGAUGGCAAAUUUAUUUUGUUCCUACUGAAACUCGUGUCGAUUGAGAUUAAGAUUAUGUUGGAUGAGGUGGAGGUGUCGCUGGUUCAAAUCGAUGAGAGCAAGGUCGAGUCUAUAGAAGAGACGAUGAGGCGUACAAAGGAGAUCAAACGCGUACUUGCACUGUUGCCUAUUUGCUAUGGCAUCGUGGAAAUGGUUAUUAGUGGUCUAGUUUCCAACUACGACAGCGAGCUUGUUCUUCCGUACGACAUUUUGCUGGAGAUGAAGGGUACUUUCAACCAGAUAUUUGUGGUGGUGCUCGAGCUGCUGACGCUAGUUCGCGAUUACGUUCAGACCCAACGCUAUCGUGAGCUCCGUGAAUCGCACGCAGAAUCGGUCUAUCAUCUGGACGCUGUAAUCUGCGCUAGUAUACGUAUUGUGAGUGCCUGGAUCGCUGAGAAUUCCGAUACAAGUAUGGAUUUGGUGAUUCAGUUGGUACCGUUUAUGGUGUGCUACAAACCGUUAUUGGCCUGGGUCGCCCAAGAUGCGACCCAGUGUUAUAAGUCUGAGAGCAGCCAGAUUGUUGAUUCAGACGACGAGAUCGAUUCGGAUGACGAAGUAGAUGCUGUUUCUCAAAUGAUGCAACAAGCGGCCGUGAUUCACAAGACAGAUAGUAGUAUCGAUCAACUGCACUUCCUUCUGCCAGGCUUGCUUCAGCUCAGUGCGCUGCCCGACGGCGCCUCCAUCAUGUCUGAAAACGUUGAUGUUUUGCGGCGUUUGAUGCAGUUUUGCUGCACAACUUGUGCUGACAUUGCCGAUGGAAAUACUGAGUUUGCCAACGUCUCAACUCUGACGCUAUGCCUCGGUAUCUUAAUUAAUCUUAUUUUGAUUCGUGGUGGAAACGAAAGCACAGGCGCGUUACAGACGUCAGGUGUGCCUAACGCUCUUGAGUGGUUUCGUGCAUUGACGUUCCUUCUGCCUGUCGCGUGUGCCAGUGGUUCCCGUUUAAUGGCCGAUAAGGAUCUGACAGUGGAGCAUCGAGGUGAAGACGACCGCUAUGUAAUGUUGCUGCAUGUUGUUUGCGUGGUGAUGUUUAUCGUGAGCCACUUUCAAGAUAAGAAGUGUCAUCCGUGCCGUUUGCCGGCUGCGAUCGCAAGUCUUGUCACGCCAUUCAAUUGCAUUGCUGAUUGGAUUGUGGAACACCCUCCUGAUGCAAAGGCCGAGUCAACAACCGAUCUUUUUGAGCUCAUGCGAGUGCUAUCAAUGCGGUCGAUCUUAACACCGGAGUUGCUGUCUCAGUGA